AUGUUCGGAUUUCAAUCGGCAGGCUUAAGUAGUUACGGAUACCCUAAUAGGACAGAAGGCUUUUGCUACUACACAUACGUACCCUCUAGUUGGUUCGGAGGAGCUAGUAGCUUUGGUGGUUAUAGUCCCUCAACUGCAACUGGAGGCGUCGUUGGCUACAACCCAUCAGCCGGCGCGGCAGGAGCUGGUGUCUUUGGCGGGUACAAUCCCCCUACUGCUACUGGAGGCGUCGUUGGCUACAACCCACCGGUUGGCUUCGGAGGACCUGGGAGCUUUGGCGGUUAUAAUGGCCCUACUGCUACUGGAGGCGUCGUUGGCUAUAACCCACCGGUUGGCUUCGGAGGAGCUGCGAGCUUUGGCGGUUAUAAUGCCCCUACUGCUACUGGAGGCGUCGUUGGCAACAACCCACCAGCUGGCAGUGGGAGGGCUGGCAGCGUUGGUCGGAGAGGUCCCCCAAGAGGCCCAAACGCAGCUCGUGGGUUUGGUGGUACCCUCACACUCAAUCUCAACCUCACCAUCCCUGUUGGGAUAGGAGGAACGGGCGGUUUGAAUGUCUCGAAUCCCUCUGGUGGCAUGAUAGGAGCUGGCGGUUUAGUUGACAACAAUCCCUCUGGUGGCAUGAAGAGACCCAACCCUUUCGGUGGAGCACAAUCGUUUUAUGGUGGCGGUGGACUCGGUGGCUCCGGUGCAACGGGGCGCGGAACAGCAUUUAAUCGUUGA